AUGGCUUCGGUUUCUACUAUCAAGGGCAAUGCCUUGCUGUCGCCCGAUUUGGAUGUCUCUAUAGAGGUGGCAGCGACCGACCAAACCGCAGAUACGCCUGGCCUGGAAGUAGACAUUCCAACCCCGGACAAGCUAGCCACAGAUGACAAUGCUCGAGAAAGCCCAUUUGGUGAAGGAGUCCUAACCCCGAACAGCACCACAAUGAGCGUCGCACGGACACCAGGCAGCGAUACCGGCCGACGAAAGGACACCGCACGGAAGCCCAGGCGUGUCCGAACCGGCUGCCUCACUUGCCGAGAGCGCCAUUUGAAGUGUGACGAGGCUUUGCAUCAGUGCCAGAAUUGCCGGAAAUCAGGCCGGAUAUGCAGACGUGGAGUUCGUCUCAAUUUCAUCGAUACCCAAACGGUAGCGCCUCCUCACUAUAUUCCACGCCCUCCGGGAUCCCGGGUGACGUUCCGUGACGAGUCUAGACAUAUAGCUUCUGAGUAUGUUGGGGGAUUUGAGAGAUAUCCCCCGCCAGUAGCGGACCCUCCUUCGAAGGCGGGCAAUCUCACGAGCCCUCUUCCGUCUGCGUAUAAUCCGCAUGCCGCUCCCUCGUUUGGAGCGGGUCCGGGGGCUCAACCGGCCAGUAUAAAUGCUACGUUUGGUAGCCAUCCUCAUCCCCCAUAUCAGCCUCUUCUAGAUCAAAGCGCUUCGUAUGCGCCUUUCAACUCGGCUGGAAAGGGGGAUGUAAAGUCCAAUAACUACGCAUGUCUUCAGGACCCCGACGAUGUCUUCCUGAUGCAAGUCUUUGUAGAAGAAGUUGGUCAAUGGAUGGACUCGAUGAACGAUGUAAAACAUUUUACGCAUAUCUUGCCGUUCCAUGCGCUAGGAGAACCGAUGCUCUUGAGGGCGUUCAUGGCAUGUGGCGCCCGUCAUGUAUACCUUAAGAAUCCUUCCUACGGAGAAGAAAAAGCCUCAUAUUUCCAUGAUGCGGCUUCUAGGGAUCUCCUUAGCGCGCUACAUGACCCAGACCGAGACUCUGCCUUAUGUGCGACAACAGCUGUCGUCCUCAAUGUCUAUGAGCUAAUGUGUUCAAAAUCUUUCCCAUCAAUCCAUGGGAUGAACCACAUCGCUGGUGCACGAGCCCUCAUUAAGGAGUGUCACUGGGACGCGAGGACUCAAGGUCUCGGGGGGGCCUGUUUCUGGCUGAAUGUUAGUAUGGAACUGCUCAGUUGUUUGCAUUUCAAUUGGGCGUUGGCUUGGGAUCCCGACACAUGGGGUGUAAAUAUGGACUUCGAACAAGCCCACCCCAGUGUUGCAGGCAAUGAGGAACUGUGGACCCACCGCAUGGUCUAUAUUUGUGCCAAAGUCGUCAAUCUUCGGUCGUCCAUGUCUCAACUCCAGCCCUUGGAUCGUUCAACCAACGACAUGGAGAUCAAUCAUCGCUGUCAGGAAUGGACUAUAUACAAUGACUGGUGUGAUAAAUGGGCGAAGGCCGUGCCUCGCUCCAUGAUGCCUCUUGCGUUUCUGCCGUCGUGGCAGACCAACUCGAAAUCCGCGUUUCCAAAGAUAUGGCUUAUCAAACGAGCUUCAAUUAUAGCUCGGCUGUUCUACCAUACGACUCGAAUUCUCCUCACAAAAACGCAUCCCUUUGAAAACGAGUUCAGCCCUGAGAUGCAAAGCGUGCAGCAAAGCCAUGCGCAUGACAUAUGCGGGAUUGUUGCAAAUGUGAAAGACAAAGGAGUCGCUAGCCUGUCCAUUCGUUUUUUGGCCGUGGCUGCCGAAUGUCUCGCUGCCAAGGAGGCUCAGGAAGAGGUCUUCGGGAUCAUUGACGAUAUCACCAAAGAGACCGGAUGGAGGUCUGAACAAGUCAAAGAGGGGCUUCAACAAGCAUGGGGCUGGAAUCCAGCCCAGCAACAUCAACCAGUUCCGGCAGAUCCAAAUGCACUGCCUUUGCUUAGCGACCACACCUUCGACAUCGACCCUGCUUCGACUCUCCUUAAGAUGCCGCCGGGGGUUGUCAACCCUAUCAUGGCGUUUGCGGAUUUCUCCAUGGAUAAUCACCCGUAUCAAGAUCAUUACGUUGCGCCGCAUCAAAUCAGUGAUUACCAAUGUGGGAGCUUAUAG